AUGGUGAUUUGUCAGAACUGUGGUGGCCUGGUCCAGGGACCCAAUGGCACCAUCGAGAGCCCCGGCUUUCCUCAUGGUUACCCUAACUAUGCCAACUGCACCUGGAUCAUCAUCACCGGGGAGCGGAACAGGAUACAGCUGUCCUUCCACACCUUCGCCCUCGAGGAGGAUUUCGACAUCUUAUCGGUGUACGAUGGGCAGCCCCAACAAGGGAACUUGAAAGUGAGGCUGUCAGGAUUCCAGCUGCCCUCCUCCAUUGUGAGCACCGGGUCUCUCCUCACGCUCUGGUUUACCACGGACUUCGCAGUGAGCGCACAGGGUUUCAAGGCCAUGUACGAAGUCUUACCUAGCCACACGUGUGGAAACCCUGGGGAAAUAUUGAAAGGAGUCCUCCACGGAACAAGGUUCAACAUCGGCGACAAGAUCAGAUACAGCUGUCUCUCUGGCUACAUUUUGGAAGGUCAUGCCAUUCUGACUUGCAUUGUCAGCCCUGGGAAUGGUGCUUCCUGGGACUUCCCAGCUCCUUUCUGCAGAGCUGAGGGAGCCUGCGGAGGAACCCUCCGGGGAACCAGCAGUUCCAUAUCCAGCCCCCACUUCCCCUCGGAGUACGACAACAACGCUGACUGCACGUGGACCAUCCUGGCUGAGCCUGGGGAUACCAUCGCUCUUGUUUUUACUGACUUCCAGCUGGAGGAGGGCUAUGACUUCUUAGAGAUCAGCGGAACAGAAGCGCCAUCCAUCUGGCUCACAGGCAUGAACCUCCCAUCACCCGUGAUCAGCAGCAAGAACUGGCUCCGGCUCCACUUCACGUCGGACAGCAACCAUCGGCGCAAGGGGUUCAAUGCUCAGUUCCAAGUGAAAAAGGCAAUUGAACUGAAGUCCAGGGGAGUCAAGAUGCUACCGAGCAAGGACAGCAGCCACAAAAACUCUGUCUUGACCCAGGGAGGCGUGUCUCUGGUCUCUGACAUGUGUCCAGAUCCUGGAAUUCCAGACAACGGCAGAAGAGCAGGUUCUGACUUCAGCAGGGUUGGUGCCAGCGUUCAGUUCUCCUGUGAGGACAAUUAUGUGCUCCAAGGUGCCAAGGGCAUCACCUGCCAGAGAGUCACCGAGACCCUUGCAGCAUGGAGCGAUCACCGACCCAUCUGCCGAGCCAGGACAUGUGGAUCUAACCUGCGUGGGCCAAGUGGUAUCAUCACCUCCCCUAAUUAUCCCGUGCAGUAUGAAGACAAUGCUCACUGCGUAUGGGUCAUCACGACCACUGAUCCAGACAAGGUCAUCAAGCUGGCUUUUGAGGAGUUUGAGCUGGAGAGAGGGUACGACACCCUGACAGUUGGAGAUGCUGGGAAGGUGGGGGACACCAGAUCCGUUUUGUAUGUGCUCACAGGCUCCAGUGUCCCUGACCUCAUUGUGAGCAUGAGCAACCAGAUGUGGCUCCACCUGCAGUCAGACGACAGCAUCGGCUCUCCAGGGUUUAAGGCUGUGUACCAAGAAAUUGAGAAGGGAGGCUGUGGGGACCCUGGCAUCCCAGCCUAUGGGAAGCGGACUGGCAGCAGCUUCCUACACGGAGACACGCUCACCUUUGAGUGCCAGGCAGCUUUCGAGCUGGUGGGAGAACGAGUCAUCACGUGCCAAAAGAACAACCAGUGGUCAGGCAACAAGCCGAGCUGCGUGUUUUCGUGUUUCUUCAACUUCACGGCAUCCUCCGGGAUUAUUCUCUCACCAAACUACCCCGAGGAAUACGGCAACAACAUGAACUGUGUCUGGCUGAUCAUAUCUGAGCCUGGAAGCCGGAUUCACCUCAUCUUCAAUGACUUUGAUGUGGAGCCUCAGUUCGACUUCCUGGCUGUCAAAGAUGACGGAAUUUCUGACAUCACGGUCCUUGGAACCUUCUCUGGCAAUGAGGUGCCCGCGCAGCUGGCCAGCAGUGGACACAUCGUCCGCCUGGAGUUUCAAUCCGAUCACUCCACAACGGGCAGAGGGUUCAACAUCACGUACACCACAUUUGGUCAGAAUGAGUGCCACGACCCUGGCAUUCCUGUGAAUGGCCGGCGAUUUGGAGACAGGUUUCUGCUGGGAAGUUCUGUGUCCUUCCACUGUGACGACGGCUUCGUGAAGACCCAGGGUUCUGAGUCCAUCACCUGUAUCCUGCAAGAUGGGAAUGUGGUCUGGAGCUCGACUGUCCCUCGCUGUGAAGCUCCAUGUGGUGGGCACCUGACGGCUUCUAGUGGGGUCAUCUUACCUCCAGGAUGGCCAGGAUAUUACAAAGAUUCUUUAAAUUGUGAAUGGAUCAUUGAAGCAAAGCCAGGACAUUCCAUCAAAAUAACAUUUGACAGGUUCCAGACAGAAGUCAAUUACGAUACUCUGGAAGUACGGGACGGGCCAGCCAGUUCAUCCCCACUGAUCGGAGAGUACCAUGGCACGCAGGCACCGCAGUUCCUCAUUAGCACGGGCAACUAUAUGUACCUGCUCUUCACCACCGACAGCAGCCGGGCUAAUGUUGGCUUCCUCAUCCACUAUGAGAGUGUAACUCUUGAAUCUGACUCCUGCCUGGACCCGGGCAUCCCUGUAAAUGGUCAUCGGCAUGGUAGUAACUUUGGUAUCAGAUCCACGGUGACCUUCAGCUGUGACCCCGGCUAUACAAUAAGUGACGAUGAGCCUCUCAUCUGUGAGAAGAACCAUCAGUGGAACCACGCCCUGCCCAGCUGUGAUGCCCUGUGUGGAGGCUACAUUCAUGGGAAGAGUGGAACUGUCCUUUCUCCAGGAUUUCCAGACUUUUACCCAAACUCUCUGAACUGUACGUGGACCAUUGAAGUCUCUCAUGGCAAGGGAGUGCAGAUGAAUUUCCACACCUUCCAUCUCGAAAGUUCCCACGACUAUUUGCUGAUCACGGAGGACGGGAGUUUCUCGGAGCCAGUGGCCAGGCUCACUGGCUCAGUGUUGCCCCACACCAUCAAGGCUGGCUUGUUUGGAAACUUCACUGCGCAGCUCCGGUUCAUCUCUGACUUCUCCAUCUCCUAUGAGGGCUUCAACAUCACGUUUGCAGAAUAUGACCUGGAGCCCUGUGAUGACCCUGGAGUCCCUGCCUUCAGCCGCAGAAUUGGGUUCCAGUUUGGUGUGGGUGACACGCUGGCUUUCACCUGCUUCCAGGGAUACCGUUUAGAAGGUGCAACCAAGCUUACCUGCCUGGGUGGGGGACGCCGAGUGUGGAGUGCACCUCUGCCAAGGUGUGUGGCUGAAUGUGGAGCAAGUGUCAAAGGAAAUGAAGGAACAUUACUGUCUCCAAAUUUCCCAUCCAAUUACGAUAAUAACCAUGAGUGUAUCUAUAAAAUAGAAACGGAAGCCGGCAAGGGGAUCCAUCUCAGAGCUCGGACCUUUCAGCUCUUUGAAGGUGACACUCUAAAGGUUUAUGACGGAAAGGACAGUUCCUCGCGGUCACUGGGAGUCUUCACAAAAAGUGAUUUGCUGGGGCUGGUGCUAAACAGCACCUCCAACCACCUGCGGCUGGAGUUCAACACCAACGGGUCAGACACUGCCCAAGGCUUCCAGCUAACCUACACCAGCUUUGACCUGGUAAAAUGUGAGGACCCGGGCAUUCCAAACUAUGGCUACAGAAUCCGAGACGACGGCCACUUCACAGACACUGUGGUUCUCUACAGCUGCAACCCAGGCUAUGCAAUGCAUGGCAGCAAUACUCUGACAUGCCUGAGUGGGGACCGGAGGGUGUGGGACAAGCCUAUGCCUUCCUGUGUAGCGGAAUGUGGAGGUUUGAUCCAUGCAGCCACAUCAGGGCGCAUACUGUCUCCCGGCUACCCCGCCCCCUAUGACAACAACCUGCACUGCACUUGGACCAUAGAGGCUGAUCCUGGAAAGACCAUCAGUCUCCACUUCAUCGUGUUUGACACCGAGACUGCUCACGACAUCCUCAAGGUCUGGGACGGCCCCGUGGACAGCAACAUCUUGCUGAAGGAGUGGAGCGGCUCGGCCCUGCCUGAGGAUAUCCACAGCACCUUCAACUCCCUCACCCUGCAAUUUGACAGUGACUUUUUCAUCAGCAAGUCUGGCUUCUCCAUCCAGUUUUCCACAUCCAUCGCGUCCACCUGCAAUGACCCUGGAAUGCCCCAGAAUGGUACCCGCUAUGGUGACAGCCGGGAACCUGGAGAUACCAUCACCUUCCAGUGUGACCCUGGAUACCAGCUCCAAGGACAAGCCAAAAUCACCUGUGUGCAGCUAAACAGCCGCUUCUUCUGGCAGCCAGACCCCCCUUCGUGCAUAGCGGCUUGCGGUGGGAAUCUGACGGGCCCGGCAGGAGUGAUUUUAUCCCCUAACUACCCACAGCCGUACCCUCCUGGGAAGGAGUGUGACUGGAGAAUUAAGGUGAACCCGGACUUUGUCAUUGCCUUGAUAUUCAAAAGUUUUAGCAUGGAACCAAGCUAUGACUUCCUGCACAUCUACGAAGGGGAGGACUCCAACAGCCCUCUGAUUGGAAGCUUCCAGGGCUCGCAAGCGCCGGAGAGGAUUGAGAGCAGUGGCAACAGCCUCUUCCUGGCCUUCAGGAGCGAUGCUUCGGUUGGCCUGUCAGGGUUUGCCAUUGAAUUUAAAGAGAAGCCCCGUGAAGCUUGCUUCGAUCCUGGGAACAUAAUGAAUGGGACGAGAAUUGGAACUGACUUUAAGCUGGGCUCCACAGUUACCUAUCAGUGUGACUCUGGCUACAAGAUUGUGGACCCUUCAUCCAUUGAGUGUGUGACAGGAGCUGAUGGGAAACCCUCUUGGGACCGGGCGCUGCCUGCCUGUCAAGCACCCUGUGGAGGCCAGUACGCGGGAUCCGAGGGGGUCGUGUUGUCCCCAAACUACCCUCACAACUACACAGCUGGUCAGAUAUGCAUCUACUCCAUCACGGUGCCCAAGGAAUUCGUGGUAUUUGGACAGUUUGCCUACUUCCAGACUGCGCUGAACGACUUGGCUGAGCUGUUUGAUGGAACCCACCCACAGGCCAGGCUUCUAAGCUCUCUCUCUGGGUCCCAUUCAGGUGAGACACUCCCGCUGGCUACAUCCAAUCAGAUUCUACUUCGGUUCAGUGCAAAGAGUGGAGCGUCUGCCCGGGGUUUUCACUUUGUCUACCAAGCCGUUCCACGCACCAGCGACACACAGUGCAGUUCUGUCCCAGAGCCCAGAUAUGGGAGGAGGAUCGGCUCCGAGUUCUCUGCAGGUUCCAUAGUUCGAUUUGAGUGUAACCCGGGCUACCUGCUCCAAGGUUCCACGGCCAUCCGCUGCCAGUCCGUGCCAAACGCCUUGGCCCAGUGGAAUGACACCAUCCCAAGCUGUGUAGUUCCAUGCAGUGGCAAUUUCACUCAGAGGAGAGGGACGAUUCUGUCCCCAGGCUACCCUGAGCCCUAUGGUAACAACUUAAACUGCGUGUGGAAGAUCAUAGUGACGGAGGGCUCGGGGAUCCAGAUUCAAGUGAUCAGCUUCGCCACAGAACAGAACUGGGACUCCCUGGAGAUCCAUGAUGGGGGAGACAUGACAGCCCCAAGACUGGGCAGCUUCUCAGGUACGACAGUGCCCGCGCUGCUCAACAGCACUUCCAACCAGCUCUGCCUGCACUUCCAGUCAGACAUCAGCGUUGCUGCCGCCGGCUUUCACCUGGAAUACAAAACUGUGGGUCUGGCUGCAUGCCAGGAGCCUGUUCUCCCGAGCAAUGGCAUCAAGAUAGGAGACCGGUACAUGGUGAACGAUGUGCUCUCCUUCCAGUGCGAGCCCGGGUACACCUUGCAGGGCCGCUCACACAUUUCCUGCAUGCCAGGGACUGUACGUCGCUGGAAUUAUCCUUCCCCCUUGUGUAUUGCCACCUGUGGAGGGACACUGACCAGCAUGAGUGGAGUGAUCCUGAGCCCAGGGUUCCCAGGCUCGUACCCCAACAACUUGGACUGCACCUGGAAAAUAUCGCUGCCCAUUGGCUAUGGUGCACACAUCCAGUUUCUGAAUUUCUCAACUGAAGCCAACCAUGACUACCUGGAGAUCCAGAAUGGCCCCUACCCCAGCAGUCCAAUGAUGGGCCAGUUCAGUGGCCCUGACCUGCCUGCAUCGCUGCUGAGCACCACACAUGAAACCCUCAUCCGUUUCUAUAGUGACCACUCACAGAACCGGCAAGGAUUUAAACUCAGUUACCAAGCUUACGAGUUACAGAACUGCCCGGACCCACCUGCGUUCCAGAAUGGAUUCAUGAUCAACUCAGAUUACAGCGUGGGUCAGUCCAUCUCCUUCGAGUGCUACCCGGGCUACAUCUUGCUGGGCCACCCUGUGCUCACCUGCCAGCAUGGCACUGACAGAAACUGGAACUACCCUUUCCCGCGAUGUGACGCUCCCUGUGGGUAUAAUGUGACAUCACAGAAUGGUACCAUUUAUUCCCCUGGGUUUCCGGAUGAGUACCCGAUUCUGAAGGACUGCCUAUGGCUGAUCACUGUCCCUGCAGGGCACGGAGUGUACAUCAACUUCACCUUGCUGCAGACCGAAGCCGUGAAUGACUACAUCGCUGUCUGGGAUGGUCCUGACCAGAAUUCGCCUCAGCUCGGAGUCUUCAGUGGAAACACCGCCCUUGAGACAGCAUACAGCUCCACCAACCAGGUCCUGCUCAAAUUCCACAGUGAUUUCUCCAAUGGAGGCUUCUUUGUCCUCAACUUUCAUGCAUUCCAGCUGAAGCGAUGCCCACCUCCCCCAGCAGUGCCACAGGCUGACCUGCUAACAGAAGAUGAGGACUUUGACAUAGGGGACUUCGUGAAGUACCAGUGCCACCCUGGGUACACGCUGUCUGGGAGCGACACGCUGACAUGCAAACUUAGUUCACAGCUCCAGUUCCAAGGCUCUCCGCCCACCUGUGAAGCACAAUGCCCAGCCAAUGAAGUACGAACGGAAUCUUCUGGGGUGAUCCUCAGCCCGGGGUAUCCAGGCAACUAUUUUAACUCCCAGACGUGCGCUUGGAGUAUUAAAGUGGAGCCAGACUUUAACAUUACUCUCUUUGUGGACACAUUCCAAAGUGAAAAGCAAUUUGAUGCCCUCGAAGUAUUUGAUGGUUCUUCUGGACAAAGUCCUCUGUUAGUAGUCUUAAGUGGGAACCACACUGAACAAUCCAAUUUUACCAGCAGAAGUAACCAUCUAUACCUCCGCUGGUCUACGGACCAUGCAACCAGCAAGAAAGGCUUCAAGAUUCGCUAUGCAGCUCCUUACUGCAGUCUCACCUCUACGCUGAAGAAUGGUGGCAUUUUAAAUAAAACUACAGGGACAUUGGGGAGCAAGGUCCAUUACUUCUGCAAGCCUGGAUAUCGAAUGAUUGGCCACAGCAAUGCAACCUGCAGGCGGAACCCCGUGGGUGUGUACCAGUGGGACUCGAUCGCACCGCUUUGCCAGGCGGUGUCCUGUGGAAUUCCAGAGGCUCCAGGAAACGGCUCAUUCACGGGCAAUGAGUUCACUUUGGACAGUAAAGUGACAUACGAAUGUAAUGAAGGCUUCAAGCUGGAUGCCAGUCAGCAAGCCACUGCUGUGUGUCAGGAGGAUGGCCUGUGGAGCAACAGAGGGAGGCCACCCACGUGCAGACCGGUACCCUGCCCCAGCAUCGAAGGCCAGCUGUCAGAGCAUGUGCUCUGGAGGCUGGUGUCGGGGUCACUGAACGAAUACGGAGCUCAGGUUCUCCUCAGCUGCAGCCCUGGCUACUUCUUGCAGGGUCAGAGGCUCUUGCAGUGCCAAGCCAAUGGGACCUGGAACACAGAGGAAGACCGACCCAGAUGCAAAGUCAUCUCCUGUGGAAGCCUGUCCUUUCCCCCCAAUGGUAACAAGAUAGGGACACUCACUGUGUACGGAGCCACCGCCAUCUUCACCUGCAACACCGGCUACACACUCGUGGGCUCCCAUGUCCGGGAGUGCUUGGCCAAUGGUCUCUGGAGUGGAUCGGAAACGAGGUGUCUGGCGGGUCAUUGUGGCUCUCCAGACCCCAUUGUGAAUGGCCACAUCAGCGGCGACGGCUUCAGCUACAGGGACACAGUGGUCUACCAGUGCAACCCCGGGUUCCGGCUCGUGGGCACCUCUGUGAGGAUUUGCCUGCAGGACCACAAGUGGUCGGGGCAGACCCCUGUUUGUGUCCCCAUCACAUGCGGACACCCGGGAAAUCCUGCCCAUGGGCUCACCAAUGGCAGCGAGUUCAACUUGAACGACCUCGUGAAUUUCACCUGUCACACGGGCUACUUGUUGCAGGGUGCCUCCAGGGCCCAGUGUCGGAGCAAUGGCCAGUGGAGCAGCCCCUUGCCUAUCUGUCGAGUGGUAAACUGUUCAGAUCCUGGGUUUGUGGAAAACGCAGUUCGCCAUGGACAGCAGACCUUUCCGGAGAUCUUCGAAUAUGGGAUGAGCGUGAUGUACCACUGCAAGAAGGGGUUCUACCUGCUGGGGUCUUCCGCCCUGACCUGUAUGGCAAACGGCUUGUGGGAUCGCUCCUUGCCCAAGUGUCUGGCUAUAUCGUGUGGGCAUCCUGGGGUUCCUGCUAAUGCUGUCCUCACUGGAGAUCUGUUUACAUACGGAGCCACAGUCCAGUACUCCUGCAAAGGGGGCCAGACCCUCACAGGCAACAGCACGAGAGUCUGCCAAGAAGACAGUCACUGGAGUGGAGCCCUUCCCCAUUGCUCAGGAAACAGUCCUGGAUUCUGUGGUGAUCCAGGGACCCCUGCACAUGGGUCUCGCCUUGGGGAUGAGUAUAAGACAAAGAGUCUUCUGCGUUUCUCCUGUGAGAUGGGACACCAACUGCGGGGCUCUGCAGAGCGCACGUGCCUGGUGAACGGUUCAUGGUCAGGAGUACAGCCUGUGUGUGAAGCAGUAUCCUGUGGAAAUCCUGGCACCCCCACCAAUGGGAUGAUCCUCAGCAGCGAUGGGAUCCUUUUCUCCAGCUCCGUCAUCUACGCCUGCUGGGAAGGCUACAAAACCUCGGGGCUCACGACUCGGCACUGCACGGCCAACGGGACCUGGACGGGCACAGCACCGGACUGUACAAUCAUCAGUUGUGGGGAUCCUGGCACCCUGCCCAACGGCAUCCAGUUUGGGACAGACUUCACGUUCAACAAGACCGUGAGCUAUCAAUGCAACCCCGGCUACCUGAUGGAACCCCCAGUAUCACCCACCAUCCGCUGCACCAAAGAUGGCACGUGGAAUCAGAGCAGGCCCAUCUGCAAAGCUGUCCUAUGCAGUCAGCCUCCUCUGGUGCCACACGGGAAGGUGGAGGGAUCAGACUUCCGCUGGGGUGCCAGCAUAAGCUACAGUUGUGUGGAUGGCUACCAGCUCUCCCACUCGGCCAUCCUGUCCUGUGAAGGGCGUGGCGUGUGGAAAGGAGAAGUCCCUCAGUGCUUGCCUGUGUUCUGUGGCGAUCCUGGCACUCCUGCCGAUGGACGGCUCAGCGGGAAAAGCUUCACCUUUAAGUCUGAGGUUUUCAUCCAGUGCAAACCUCCGUUCAUAUUGGUGGGGUCCUCCAGGAGAACCUGCCAGGCGGACGGAACGUGGAGCGGAGUCCAGCCCACUUGUAUAGAUCCAGCCCACACCGCUUGCCCAGACCCUGGCACUCCCCACUUUGGAAUCCAGAAUAGCUCUAAAGGAUAUGAGGUUGGAAGCACCGUGUUCUUCAGAUGUAGGAAGGGUUACCACAUCCAAGGCUCCACCACACGGACCUGCCUUGCAAACCUCACAUGGAGUGGGAUCCAGACAGAGUGUAUACCCCAUGCCUGCCGGCAGCCAGAAACCCCAGCACACGCAGAUGUGAGAGCCAUCGAUCUUCCAGCCUUUGGCUACACUUUAGUCUACACCUGCCAUCCGGGAUUUUUCCUUGCUGGUGGAUCUGAACACAGGACGUGUAAGGCCGAUAUGAAGUGGACAGGGAAAUCACCGGUCUGUAAAAGUAAAGGAGUGAGAGAAGUUAAUGAAACAGUUACUAAAACUCCAGUUCCUUCUGAUGUGUUUUUCAUCAAUUCGGUAUGGAAGGGAUAUUACGAAUAUUUGGGAAAAAGGCAGCCUGCAACUCUCACUGUGGACUGGUUCAAUGCAACCAGCAGCAAGGUGAAUGCAACCUUCGCCGCAGCCUCACAAGUGCAGCUGGAGCUGACAGGGGUCUACAAGAAGGAAGAGGCACACCUACUUUUGAAAGCUUUUCAUAUCAAAGGCCCAGCAGAUAUUUUCGUGAGCAAGUUUGAAAAUGACAACUGGGGACUCGAUGGUUAUGUGUCCUCAGGACUUGAGAGAGGGGGAUUCUCCUUUCAGGGUGACAUACAUGGAAAAGACUUUGGGAAAUUCAAGCUGGAAAGACAAGAUCCUUCCAACUCAGAUGCAGAUUCUUCGAAUCAUUACCAGGGCACCAGCAGUGGCUCCGUGGCAGCUGCAAUUCUCGUUCCCUUCUUUGCUCUAAUUUUAUCAGGGUUUGCAUUUUACCUCUACAAACACAGAACAAGACCAAAAGUUCAAUAUAAUGGCUACGCAGGCCACGAGAACAGUAAUGGACAAGCUUCAUUUGAAAAUCCCAUGUAUGAUACAAACUUAAAACCCACAGAGGCCAAGGCUGUGAGGUUUGACACGACUCUGAACACAGUGUGUACAGUGGUAUAGCCCUCAGUGCCCCCUAGGACCAAUUCAUAGCCAUACCUCUGAUGGACAAGCAGUAAAAUCCUUUGGUGCCAUAUACCACCCUCCCUUCUACUCUUGCCUUGCUGCAGCAACCUUGGCCAUCAUCUGCUGGCAUAACACAGUGGGA